UGAGAUUUGGAUUUUUGAAAUUACUUACUCGUUUGCUGUCUUUCAAUUUCAGUCUAAGUUUUUGAUCUUCCUUCUCGUAGGUUGAACAAAAAUAACUUUUGUUUUGGAUACUGGUCUUGAAAUUUGCCAAUGCUAUAAAUUGUUAUAAUGCCCGUUCUUGAUUUGAAACUAUAUACCACCAUCUCUAUAUGUGUCGCCCUUGUGGCUUUUGUUUAUUCUUGUAAUAUCUUCACCCCUCAAAAAUGGUUCCCACCACCAGUUGAAAAUUCGCCAAAUCAAGUUACUCACAGUGAGUCUGUUGAAUACCAACCACCGCUUAAUGGAGUUGAUAAAAUUUGGAGUAAUUCUGAAAAAGGUCUUGGCGCUACUUCUUCAAUAUUUCAGAGUAUGUUAUCGGAAAGGAUUUUAACGCCAAGAAAACCCGUAAUGGGACCUUUUCUAACUUCUCUCGUGAAUUUUUUGCAAAAAGAAAAAAUUUGUAUUAUGGUUUUCAUCAAUAUGGCUUAUUGUUUUUUAUUUCUCCUCGGAAGAUUCACACUGAAGUUCUUUUUUGGGGAGUUAAGAGUUAUCGAAAGUCAGCAUAUGUAUGAUAGGCUACUUAACUUUCUUUUAUUUAAAGUAGUCUUUGUUGGAGCAAUUUUGGAGCCAAAAUGGGAAGAAUUACUUAUUUGGACAUCUUGGUUUACAAUUCUCGGAUUUUUGAGAAUUUUUAGUAUGCUUUGUCGAGACAGAUUUGAAUAUCUUACAUUUUCUCCAAAUACUCCAGUUCAGGCUCAUUUACGAAUAUUAGUCCUUUUAAUACUUAUUUUAUUAUCUGACAUCUUCUGGUUUAUAAUGUGUAUAUCAAUAUUUCGGUCAAUGCUGUUACUUCUGACAUUUGAGUGUUUUACGUUAUUUUUGGAUACUGUACAAACAUUGAUUAAAUAUUUAAUUCAUCUUAGAGAUAUAACAAGACAAAGUGUCUGGGAAUCUAGAGGAAUUCUUUUAUAUUAUACCGAAUUUGUUACCGAUACUUUGAUACUUGUUGCCACUCUUGGUCAUUAUUUACAUAUCAUGCUUCUUCAUGGUAUUUCAUUUACCUUAAUUGAUGCAGUUUUGUUCUUAAAUAUGAGGAGCGUCUUCAACAAUCUCAGGAAAAAAAUUGUUGCAUACUGCAAUUACAGACAAGCUAUAUCCAAUAUGCAAACACAAUACCCAAAUGCCACUGAUAUUGAGUUGAAGGAAUAUAAUGAUGACUGUGCAAUAUGUCGAGACUCUAUGGAUAAAGCUAAAAAAUUACCAUGUGGUCACAUGUUUCAUUUGACUUGUUUGCGAUCUUGGCUGGAACACCAUAGUUCUUGUCCAACGUGUAGACGAUCUUUAUUGAAAGGAGACUCUCCUAGAAUAUUAGAACAUAUGGAAGUUCCGUUUCUUUAAGAGAGUAGUUUUUAUUUUGCAGGGACUUGGAUACAUAUUAGAAUUUGAUAUUCUGAUAUCCAUUUGUAAUCAUAUUAGACAUGACAAAUUCAUUUUUUGAACAAUUUAAUCAUUUCAAUAUUUCGCUUGUUGAAACAAUAACAAAACCAUCAGCAAAUAUAAUGACAUUGAUAGUGUUUAAGAAUAUGAGAAUAUCAUUUAGAUACAUAUUACCUAUUUCUGAUAACCAAUAAUAUAAUUAAUUGGUUUCGCGUAGGUAUUUUAAGUUUGGUUUUCUUAAGGGUAGGGUAUUUUAGUGGAUUUAUGAGCACCUUUUAUAGUAAUGACCUGUAAAAUGUCCUGUAACAUUUCCGAAUUUGCUCAUAAUAAACAAAACAAAAUACCCUACCCUGAAAAUUUUAUUGUUGUAAUAUAUUUUCAUUUAUUGCUUUCUGACUUAAGGUCAUUGUAGAUAACCAUUAUUUAUUUUAAUAUGUG